AUGGGUGAUUUUGUGGAGGGUUAUUGGCGUUGGCAGAUUCAUGAAGAGUUGAAUGGUCACAAUGAUGGGCUUCUGAAGGAACUAUUGGCACUGUUAGAAAUUCUAUCCCAGGCUUGUCCUAUUGCGACAGGGGUAGAAGAUAGCUUCAGGUGGUGCACAAAUAUUGUUAGUCAAUAUGCGGUGAGAGAAGGCUAUAAAGCGGCGGCAAAUUUAGGUGGUUCAGUAGCUCAAAGUAUAGUACAAAAAGAGGCAUUUUCAGCUCUGCUGUAG